UGACAACUCACUUUCUUGCCAAUGAGGAAGAAACUUCCUGCACCUCUACGGAUGUGCGUCAUCCUCCACAAAAGCGAGCAUGUCGCCGCUACUUCUCCGCAGUUUAUCGUCGUUCCUUGCCGGUUCUCAGGGGACCCGAGUGGUGGCGGCAGUAGCCGGUUUCAGCAGCGCUCUGGGCGGCAUGCAGCUAAGUAACUCCCCGGAGGUGGAACUCAGGAAACUGCCCGGGAAGGACGAAGGUAUUGCGGAAGUGCGCAUGUGCAGACAUAGCGCUCGGAACGCUUUGGGUCAUGUGUUUGUGUCUCAGAUGAGGGAGUUGGUGUCCAAGGUGUCCAGUGACUCGACAGUGCGCGUGCUUGUCUUCAGGAGUUUAGUUCCUGCUGUUUUCUGUGCAGGCGCAGAUUUAAAAGAAAGGGCUUUAAUGAACAACCAGGAGUCCGAUCUGUUUGUUCACGGACUGCGCUCCCUCAUGACUCAGAUCGCCUUGUUGCCAAUGCCUACCAUAGCCGCCAUUGAUGGCGUGGCUGUGGGAGGUGGACUAGAGUUGGCUUUGGCCUGUGACCUCCGCACUGCUGCAUGUUCUGCACAGAUGGGCCUGAUUGAGACGACGCGGGGGCUGCUCCCUGGGGCCGGGGGAAGUCAGCGACUGCCUCGCACGGUGGGACUGGCACUGGCCAAAGAGCUUAUCUUCACAGGGCGGCGCGUGGGGGGUCAAGCGGCUGCCGAGAUCGGGCUGGUGAACAGAGCGGUGCAGCAAGACCAGACAGGAGAGGCGGCUUACAACGAAGCGCUCGACCUGGCCAGAGAGAUCCUGCCUCAGGCUCCCAUCGCUGUGCGGAUGGCAAAAGAGGCGAUGAACAGAGGCAUGGAGGUUGACAUCACCUCAGCGAUGGCCAUAGAGAGGAUGUGCUACGCUCAGGUCAUCCCGACGCGGGACAGACGGGAGGGAAUGGCGGCCUUCCUAGAGAAGAGACCUCCGCAAUAUAUUGGCGAAUAAGCUGUUUUUAUUUGGGCUAGCAACACUAACUCAUUCAGGAAAAAAUGUCAUGUAGUCAGCUAAAAUUAAACAGUAAAAUGUUCAUUUGCUAAUUAGAAAUCAUGACUAAUUAUAACCAAAUACUUGCACUUAUUUUUUAUUACAAUGACUCAAAUAAUAAGGAACAAAAUAAUUAAUAGUAUACAAUAAAUGUGAUGCAACAAGCGAAUACACAUUCCAUUACCGCAUUGAAGCUAACAAACGUGCUCAUCAUGAUAAAUAUCUUACAAGGAUAAAAUCAUAAUACGAGAAAAAAGUCAUUUACUAAAGCACAUCAUUCUGUGUAGCUUACUUUUUUUUUUUCUCCAUAUUCUUUGUGUUCUCAUUUUACAGCACCUUAAGUAUCAUUGCGGCAUGCUCCGGCUCAAAAAUCCUGUCGACUUUGUCGUAUUUGUAACAUUCGUAUGUAACAUAAAGAAGGUUUGUGUGCAAACAGCUGCAUAUUCUCUGUCCAUUCAAUUUGACAUAAGACUCACUCGAGCUUGCGGGGUUGAAUAUCUGAAAGAGAAAAAGAAUUAGACGCUGUCAAAUUCCCUUUAAAGAAAAAGAUAUUUAUUUUACCCUG